GGGUCCCUUGCGGUGGAAUCUGUGGGUGAGUGUUGGGAUGGAGAAUGGAGUUUUCAGGGCUGAGGAUGGGAGUUCAGGAUGAAAAUGGGGGCCAGACGUGAAAGCGGGUGAUGAGGGUUAAGGCUGAGUCGUCAGGAGGGAGAUGGUAUUUGAGGCUCAAAUCCUCAAAGGUAGGGUUUGAGAUGAGGCUAGAGGGAAGGGAAGGCCAAUCCUAUGGCAAAGGCUUUGGUGAGGGAAGAAUUUUGGAUCCGUCGAUGGGUUUGGGAGGAGGGAGCAGGAGCCCGGGCUUCCCUUCGACUUGGAGCGGUUUGGCGGUGCGCCCCGGUACACGUAGCCCCUCCCGGCCGCUCCACUACUCCGGUACCUGCAGCCGCCACCUCUUUUCGAAGGCUGGCGAUCACGCGACUUCGACGGUACUGUCCGUUCGAGGCCCCGGGGGCGCCGGUGAGGGCGCCGGGAGGGAGGCGCGGCCGUUUCGCGCGCCGCCUUCGCCGAUGGUCAGGCGGAGCGGGAGAAGGAAACGAAAGCUCCUGAGAAAGCAGCUGGACGCCAGGCUCCCGAGCUCGUCUGGGUGUCAGCCCGGGCGAGGCCGCCGGGAGAAGAUGCCGCUCUGGGAACUCUGGUUCUUCUUGCUCGCACUCUUUCUAGCGUGGCUGACUCCACCAGGCAAUGGCAACGAAGGCAGCAUGGCUGGAAGUUGUCCUUGCAAUAGAAGGAUUUCUUCCCACUCCCCUCCGACCGAUCACGACAUGAGACAUCUCCGGAAAUACCUGAACCACUAUCAACACUGUACUUCCUACGUCAGGUUCCAGCUACCCCGUGGGAGUGUAUGUGGAGGCAGCAGUGACCAGUGGGUGCUGAAACUGAUGGGCUGCUUUGAUCGCGGAGAAUGUGGACGUGCUCAUGCCAGAACGGUGGCCCACCAGCAGCAUUUAGCUCCUCAGAACACCCGGGUUCCUGAACUCCCAGAAAGGGCACCUCCAGACAGUAGCACCCCUGCCCAGACGAAUCUGCCAUCUACCCUGCAGCCGACCCAGAAGCCCACGCUUCCAGAAGGCAUGCCAUCCUUGGCCAAAAAGCUCAUCCCCACCAGUGAAACCGACACAUCCACUGUGGGCCACAGUCUGGGGGCUAAGUCUGAGGCCAGGGAGAACCAGGAGCAGCUAGGAAAAAAUGUGGGUGCUACAGCGGGAACAUCAGCCCUGGUGCCAGUGCUGUCCCUCUUGGUCAUCAUUUUCCUUCUCACCGGAGUCCUACUUUACGUGAUGUGCAAGAAGAGGCAGGAGCAGUCACGUCAGUACCCUCCAGAUCCUCAGCUUCAUUAUGUUCCUGUGGCAUCAAAUAUCAACACCUGAGCUAAGGAUGAAAGCUUGUGAGGGUAUAAUGUGAUUUAGUUACUAUCAAGUGCAUUUACUACAUUAGAACAAUCACUGGUACAUGGUUGGGACACUCUACGUAUCUGUCAGUAUUCAAUACACAAAUAACAGCCACUGCCCUCUCUUAGAUCUUUCCUCUGUGUGUUUGGUGUUUUGUGCUAUAAUGUAAAAAUUGCCUUUUAUACAGGAGAUCUUAUACUAAUUCUAUAUAUUUUUUAAUGACUAAAACUUAUUUUUAUAA